UUUUUUUUUUUGUUUUGCACAGAAAGGGAAAAGGCGGUGCCAUUACACUAAACAAACAUCCACUCCUGAGUCAGAAUUCAGACAUUUACCAUAGCUGAUCAUCUUUUUUUUCCCUUCUUAUUAUAUUAUUCUACGUCGGAGACGGCACAUUUGCAUUUUGGAGAAAUUCAACGUGCCUCGCUUUCCAUUACUUUCAAGUGGAAAUUCAACGAGGGAAUUUUCAACUCACAAUUUACUAUCUUCAUAUCGUUCCUUGUGCCGUUGAUUCGGGUAGAAGUUACUUAUGGCUCUUGAGGCAGACUUCCCCGGAAUUCGCGCUUGUAUUUUCGAUAUGGACGGGCUCCUAAUCAAUACCGAAGACUUAAUUACUCUGUCCAUGAACCAACUACUUGAAAAGUAUGGAAGGCCUGCCUUUACUCGGUCGAUUCGAGCCCAGCUCAUGGGUGUCCCAGACUCGACAAACGGUGACGUGUUCCAUAACUGGGCCAAGUUACCCAUCUCCCGCGAGCAAUUUGCCCAUGAAUCGACUGAACACAUGCGACAGCAUUUUCCGAACUGCAAGCCGCUGCCUGGCGCGGAAAAGCUAUUGUCAAACCUUAGCCGUGCACACAAUGCUUCUUCUGGUGACAAAAUUGAGCUGGCAUUGGCAUCCAGCACGAAGAGCCAAAGCUAUCAAUUGAAAGCUUCAGGGUCAGAAACUAAACGACUCCUUAGCUUUUUUCAGUCCGAGAGGAGGGUCCUAGGUGAUGACCCAAGAGUGCGACAGGGUCGAGGAAAGCCCGCGCCUGACAUAUAUUUAGCGGCGUUGCAGUCUUUGAACUUGACGGCAGAUUCUGGCGCAAAGGCCAUCCUGCCGAUAGAAUGUUUGGUUUUCGAGGAUAGUGUGGCUGGGGUAGAGGCUGGAAGACGGGCUGGGAUGAGGGUUGUUUGGGUACCGCACCCAGAUGUGGCGGUCGAGUAUCAAACGAGGCAAAAGGAGGUGCUGGCCGGGAGGACGCGAAUCACUGAGGUCGGAGACGAUCGGCAGCUAGGAGAGAUCGAUGACGGCUGGGCUGAAACCAUACCGAAUCUGAAGCAUUUCGACUACGAGAAGUACGGCAUCGCCGUGCCUUCCUAGCUAUUCCUGUCUAAAUUGGCCCUCCUCAUGAAUUGAUAGGAAUUCGCCCCCACGGCAGAAAGGCCAGGCGAAAGACACUCUUCAGAAUCCUUCUCCUGGAGUCACUGUCGGGUGGAUUGAGUCCACUUUUUUCAUAGGGUAAAGAUUGCUUGCCCCGUCAACUCAAGCAGGUCUCAGCCCAUACUAUUAGGCAGAUGUAUAGACAUCUGCACUUCUUGUUUGGUCAUGGAUAUGAUGCUGGUACAUUUGAAGUUUGCGGUGGGAAUAAAAGCCAACUUAAAAGGCAAAGCGCAGGUCUGUGUCACCGUGUAGCGACCGUGCAACAAUGCUGAGUGUGCUAUUAUACAAAAAUCUCAAAAC